GUGCCUUAAUAAAUACGUGCUCAAUCCAGCUCCAACCAACUUAUGACCUGAGGUGAUUUAUUUCCAAGCGGCCCCGGUCGCCGUCAGAUCGACCACGCCACAGAUCAAUCCACUACAUACAAGACUGUCGAGAGCCUCGUCAGCGCUCUACAAGUCAAGUGCAAUAUUUGAAAGCGACAUAUCCUCUGAUUUUACUUUCUUUUUCUUUUCUUGAUAUUUGACAUUGUUUGACGAUUACGGACUAUACACAGCGCGCCUUCAGCAUCAUGUCUUCAUAUCCUUCUAGUCUAUCGAGCUCAUAUUCGGGCUCACCAACUUCAAGCUCUGCUUCACUUUCAUUCCACCAUCAUGCCUCUUCUCCAGGAAGAGAUAACGGCAAAAUUGGAGACGAGAUGGGAAUAAUCAGAACUUGGUUCUCAGUAUUGGACGAUAGUGAGCGGUCAUCUGCCCUCCACUCGAUCGCAGAACUACCAAGUCUGCGAGAGAUUGAGCCAAUGAUCCAGGCACUCAAAGAUCGCAAGCGAGAAUUAUGGAGGCAACAAGAAGAACUCAUCAUUCAACCUCCCGUAAAGCCGAAAUGGAUCAUGCCAGUAUUUCCACAUAACUCUCAAGACCCUCGAUGGGCUGCCAAAUGGCUUCGAGCUUUGAGGUUGCACAAGUAUGAAAGAUGCUUGUCGGGAAUGUCUCCGGCUCAAGUUUCAUGUCUAGAAGACGAGGAUUUGCAGCAACUGGGCAUUGAUACCGUUGGCGCAAGGGCAAAGAUGCUUCGGGUAAGUUAUGAAAAUACCAAAGCCUGUAUUGGAUAUGUCAUCUAACAUGGUAUAGGCUAUUCACAAUGUAUAAGACUAAACUUACUCGGCAUGUUAUAUUUCAUUACCAGCAGACCAACUGGUUUGGUCAUGACUUUAUCUUCGUCACGAAUUUCCAUGGCGAGCAUUCCUUCUAGGACAUUUCGUUUUCACAUCAGACUUAGCGAGGACCAGUGUAAUCAGUGAACGGAAAUACGCUAUUGCCAGAUCUGAUACACAAAAGCCACAACGGAAUGGAUACGGUGGCCUGAGAUCUGGCAUUAUGGUGUUGAGGUGGUUUGAUAUGGGGAAACAAUGGCGUUUGGUAUGGAUUUGGAGGAGUUAUAAACUACGCCGCAUCCGGCAUCAGAUGACUUGGUCGUAAGGUGGUCUUUACAUAGUAUAAACAUAUAUAUAACAACUGUAC